AUGAUGAAAAUGAAAAACGCCCGCCCCCACGGUUUGAUAGGGCCCGACCAAUCAUGGGGCGACAGCUGGGGUGCACUGCCCUUGGAGGCUAUUAACAACCGCGCGCGCUCGCUCGACCAAUUAACUAGUGCUGAUGGGCUGCUAAUCCCGACCGGAGACCCCUAUUUAAGCCCGCCCCCUCCCUUCCUCUUCUCCUCCCCCCACUCCCGCUCUCCCUCUCUCUCUCUCCUCCAUACGCCUCGCCUCUUGAGCGCGCUCUUGAAGGAAGGCUCCAGACCUCUGCCUUCUGCUCUCCCCGGCUCUGCAUCCGCGAGAGCUGUUGCAUUGCUGCAGCUCGCGAGCGCCCGGGUCCUUAGUAGUUCUUUCACCACAGCCCGGAUCAUGGAGUUCGACGAGCGCUGCCUCAAGGUCCAGGAGCCCAAAUUUGAUUGCCUCCUCUUUGACCUCGACGACACUCUGUACCCGCUGAGCUCGGGGAUCUCAUCACACGUCAAGACCAACAUUGAAGCUUACAUGAUUGAGAAGCUGGGUAUUGAUGAGAGCAAGAUCGAAAACCUUGGCAACCUGCUGUACAAGAACUAUGGCACCACGAUGGCGGGCCUCAGGGCAAUUGGCUACAACUUCGACUACGAUGAGUACCACAGCUUUGUCCAUGGAAGACUGCCCUACGACAACAUCAAGCCAGACCCCGUUCUGAAGCAGAUUCUCAAGAACAUGCGCAUCCGCAAGCUCAUUUUCACCAACGGUGACAUGAUCCAUGCCGUGAGAGCCCUCAAGAGGCUGGGCCUGGAGGACUGCUUCGAGGGGAUCAUCUGCUUCGAGACCCUGAACCCGCCGUGCCUGCUGACGCCGUGCGACCAGGCGCCCGAGAUCUUCGACAUCGCCGGCCACUUCGCCGGGUUAGGCAGCGCCGACGACCUGCCCAGGACCCCCGUCCUAUGCAAGCCCAACGUGGGCGCCAUGGAGGCGGCCCUCAGGAUCGCCAACGUCAACCCUUACAAGGCGAUUUUCUUCGACGACAGCGUGCGCAACAUUCAGGCAGGCAAGCGAAUUGGCCUCCACACGGUGCUGGUUGGCACGUCGCAGCGGGUGAAGGGCGCGGAUCACGCGCUGGAGAGCAUCCACAACAUCAGGGAGGCGCUGCCGGAGCUGUGGGAGGAGGCCGAGAAGGCGGAGGACGUCCUCUACGCCGAUCGCGUGGCGAUCGAGACCUCGGUGACCGCGUAA